AAAAGAUUGAUCAUCGGCGGCCGGCACGGCCCGCCCAUAUCACAUGCGUAAAUCUAAUGCGUGAGGUCCGUGAGCCAACGUACGGUAUGCGGUCAUGAAGUGAAGGUGUACUAAGAUCAUGCAAGAUGAUUGGCGGUCUGUUUAUAUACAACCACAAAGGGGAGGUAUUGAUCUCCAGGGUCUUCAGAGAUGACAUUGGACGGCAUGCUGUAGAUGCAUUCCGUGUCAAUGUUAUCCAUGCUCGUCAGCAGGUGCGUUCACCAGUCACUAAUCUGGCCCGUACCAGCUUCUUUCACAUUAAGCGUGGUAACAUCUGGCUAGCAGCAGUCACACGGCAGAAUGUCAAUGCAUCUAUGGUCUUUGAGUUCCUGAUGAAGCUGUGUGAGGUUAUGAGCUCUUACUUUGGCAAGAUCAAUGAGGACAAUGUCAAGAACAACUUUGUGCUCAUAUAUGAGCUUCUGGAUGAGAUCUUAGACUAUGGAUAUCCCCAGAAUACAGACACGGGCAUCUUGAAGACAUUCAUAACACAGACUGGUAUCAAGUCCCAGACUCGUGAGGAGCAGGCUCAGAUCACUAACCAGGUCACAGGUCAAAUUGGUUGGCGGAGGGAAGGCAUCAAGUACAGGCGCAAUGAGCUGUUUCUGGAUGUGCUGGAAAAUGUCAAUCUUCUCAUGUCACCACAAGGACAAGUCUUGAGUGCUCAUGUUGCUGGUAAGGUCAUCAUGAAGAGCUAUCUGAGUGGCAUGCCAGAAUGCAAGUUUGGAAUGAAUGACAAACUGACACUGGAUAAACAAGGCAAAGGAGACAGUGAUUCCUCCAAGAGUAAAAGCUCCAUCGCCAUUGAUGAUUGCACCUUCCAUCAGUGUGUCAAACUCAGCAAGUUUGAGUCAGAACGGAGCAUUAGCUUCAUUCCUCCAGAUGGGGAAUUUGAGCUGAUGAAGUAUCGUACCACUAAGGAUAUCAGUCUACCCUUCCGUUGCAUUCCGUUAGUCCGUGAGGUUGGCCGUACUAAGAUGGAAGUUAAGGUGGUGCUCAAGUCUAACUUCAAGCCAUCUAUCCUGGGCCAGAAGAUUGAGGUGCGCAUUCCUACUCCAAUGAACACCAGCGGAGUCCAAGUCUUGUGCAUGAAGGGAAAGGCUAAGUACAAAUCCAGUGAAAAUGCCAUCGUCUGGAAGAUCAAACGUAUGAGUGGUAUGAAGGAAGUUCAGAUUACCGCUGAGAUUGAACUGUUGCCAUCCGGUGAGAAGAAGAAAUGGGCUCGGCCACCAAUCUCUCUCAACUUCGAGGUUCCGUUUGCAGCCUCUGGUCUGAAGGUUCGCUACCUGAAAGUGUUUGAGUCUAAGCUCAAUUACAGUGACCACGAUGUCAUCAAGUGGGUGAGGUACAUCAGUCGUAGCGGACUUUACGAGACCAGGUCUUAAUGAACGGCUUCCCUUGGGAACCAGAGAGGAAAGAGACACUGAAGCCACACACAAUAGUUUGUGAUGUUUUUUUUAUAGUGUAGUUUUGUUGCAGCAUCUGGUACUCAUGCCAUGUUUUAGUAUUGUGCAGAUAUAAAAACAAAGUCCAGUUUUUGAGAAUGCAUGUUGCAGUUCAGGGCCAAGAUAUGUGUUUACAUUACAGAUGUUUGUUCACUUGUACAUUGAUGCAAGUGAAGCUGUGACAGAUAGUUGUGGAAUCAGUCACUAGUCUGAUGAGUACGAGACAGACACACUGAUUGUGGCCCUGAUCUGUCAUGUGUUCCAAUCGUUGAUUGAAAGCCAGUCUUCUGCUCCUGGUUGAGGAGUGAUCUAAUUCAUGAGAGACAACUCCUGUACAGUUUUAGCUUAUACCAACAAUCAAAGAUACCCAUUUAUUUUAAAUGAAAGAAAUACAGAAAAGCUUCUUGCCCGUUAUAGCUGACUUGGCAUGUACAUGUGCCCCUAAGAGGGUCACUUUUAAAGUAAAAUAGUUUGACAGGGGAAGACUGGCUUUAAAUUUUCCACACAAAAAACUGGCUUUGAUGUUAACCCUUUUGGGUCUCUACUUAUUACUUUCUGGUAAGUUUGUACUGUCAGUAUCAUACUAAGUCCAACCAUUAGAAGUGUAAACCCACCACCUUAUUCCACAAAUAUCAGAGGUCAGGCUUGAAAACUUUCCACAAAGGAUAUCAUCGGAUUGUGUCAUACUGUGUGCUUGAUGAAGCUGUACAUUCUACAUGUAUAUAACUUGCAAUCUUAUUAGGCAAUUAGUUCUUAGGGAUUGCCUUACCACUGCACCUGAGGAUCUUCCAGUUGCUGUUCUAACAACUGUCAACAGAUCAUGAUGGUGUCAUCACUCACACUGGUGUCUAGAUUGUUAGCACUUGAUGCGUAGAAAGGACGUUUACAUAGGCACCCUGAGUCUUCACGCUUAUAUUCCUCUCUAAUUCACAUCUGACAUGCCAUGGAAGCAUUGAUGAGCUACCAUGGUCUUCCUCCCUCCUAAUACCCUAAAACAAAGAAACUCAUCCAGUUAAAGCAAAUAUUAGUUCCAUCUUCCUAUACCGUGAGAAGAUGAGUUGAAAACAUUCUCUGUUGUUUGUACAUUGUAGGUUUUAACCAAACUCAAGCAUUAUCACUUACAAGCACUCAACAUCUCAACACAUACAUGUAUGCACUCCCUCAUUGCAUAACAUUAGGAGUCUACUCCAUCACAUCUUUUUGAGGGAUGAUGAUGUCUUCAGUAUUUUCUUAAAACCUUGAAGAAACACCAGACCCAAAUUGUUAUGAGCAGAAGUUAUUGCUGAUCUAGCGUCCUAUUGAUUAGCAGCAAUAAUUCCUUGUAUUAUGUCGUGGAUAUUGUUUGUUGUCGACUAACACAUAUGGUAAGGUAAGCUAGACAUUCUAUGGGCCCUAUGCACAAGUACCCCCUCAACGUUAAGAAGGGAGAGUUAGGGGAGACCACUUAGAGUGAAACUCGAAUUCAUUGCCGACGACGCCUGACACUCACGUGUGGACGCUAUGAAUUUGUGCACAUUGGAAUAAAAUGAGUCGUGUACUUCGUGCCACAUGCGAACUAGUACGCACACAUGGUGUGGACAGGGCUCUCAAAAUGUAGUAAAAACGGAGCCCAUAGACCCAAGUGUAUUUAGUAUUGCAUGGCAUUGUAAUGUUGAAUGUGAUUUAUUUUGCUUUGCAUGCGCAUGAUAUCAGCUUGACAAUCAAUCACAUUAAUAUGUUUGUCAUGCCAUAUGUGGAAUACCAUGUUUGAUCUUCCAUCCCUGCCUAGUGCCUAUCCAGAAAAGAUUCUCACUUUAAACUGGAGGAAUGAUUUCCCCAAAAUAAAGCAUAUAUAUCCUCACUUUGGUCAGUACAAUUCUUUGGAUUAAUAUCGACCAUGUAUGAAAAUAGAGAAUGCCAACAGACCCGAGACAUAGUGACAUAAUGCUUUCUCUACAAGUGCCCUUUCUCGUAGGUUUGGUGGUUCUCAGUCUCAUCCACACCAGGCUCCCAUAAAAAAGCACAUUGUAAACGAAGCAUGACAUUAUUAUAUCACAGGACUAUUUUGGCUAGUUAGUCAAGUCCUCAAGCAAGUACUACACAGAAACUCCUUUUUUUUUAAAUCAGAGUGUCAUGAAUACAUAGAACAGGGAUCCAAGAUUGAAUGAGCAUGCAUUAUGUUGACCAUCAUGUUCUGCUACUUUGCAAACUGAAUUGUUUUAUACAUGUAUUGAAGUCCGGUUUGAAUUGUGUCAAGAGCCUAAACCAGUAGGCAGUGACUUGCUAAGAGAGGAUAUGACAAAGGUGCUGUCAUCGUUCAGAACGUAGUUAUUCCAAAGUAAUCCGUAUACGUUCUUCAUUCAAAUUUCUUUUCAGUUGUCUUGAUUUUUUGGAGUACAACAAUUAUCACCUCAUUUUGUCGAUGUCUACCAUUUUUUUUUUUAUUUCCUUGUUUUUCAUUAUCAACACCAUAGUUGGGUUUCAGUUUCAGAUCAUGUGUCUACUUCAUUGUUCACAUGUCUAAAAUAGUCAUAACAUUAUCAAGAACAAAUGGUUUAUAUAUUUUUUGGGGGGUGAUACAAAAACUGUCUUAAAUUUUCCUUAUCAAUUUCUCAAUCAGUGAUAAAAAUACAAAAGUAACUUCUGCAUAAAGGAAGAAAUAUGUACAUGUAAUAUUUAAGUGUCUUAGAAAAAUCUACUUGAAUUGAUAUGAGAGAAAAGAAUUUGAAUUACUAAUUUGGCAACAUAUAAUGAAGUAUAGAGGUGAUGAUGUACAAGAAUGUUGUGGAUCUACAGCCUCAUGCAUAUUAAUAAAGGCAAAUAUUUCCAUAUGUAUCACUCACAUCUUUUUGUGUGUUUUUUUGUUGAUUUUGAUUUUUGCAUUGUGGUGUUUGCAUAAUCAAUACUCCCAUUUCCUCACUCAUCAAACCUUCAUGUUCAACCUGUGACAUAACUUACUUACAAUGUUGUAGUCAAGGUACUGUAAUGGAUUACAAGUACAUUACAAGUCCGGACACAAGUCCUGUCAAAAGUAACAACGGAUGAACAGUAGCAGAGAAAUGCCAUCGUCACGGUUCAUAUAUGAAUAGUUUGUGAGUUGACCUUGAUCCAUGACAAGUACCUUGACUAUGACACUACUUGUUAACAACUAGCUGCAUGAAACAAAUGUUUGACAAUCUAACCUCAAUUAACCUAGUACAAUUGAAUGUUUGACACGUCCUGAUACCAGUUAUGUUAGGAAAGGGCCUGGAUUUGCCCAAAUGCACAAGAAAUGCACUAUACAGCUGUUGUAACCUAUCAGUUGUCUGUCUUUGUCAGUGGUGGUUUUUUUUUAUUAAACUCUACCACAAUUCAAGUGAUGCACAAAACAGUAAAGCUGAUGUGAAUCAGAUGCUGCUUAGGCAUCGUGGGAAAGUUCACAUCCGUAAAAAUUGCCGAAUUGUAUGCAUUUUGCACGAAUGUGAAGUAAAUUGGAUGCCAUGGAGCUCUUGCGAUGAAAUUUGCAAUAUGUAAUAUGGGAUGAAUGAAGGUUGAUAAUGAACUGCAGAUUGACAUCUGAAGGUGAGUAGCUUACUCAUCCAUGUAAAUGCUAGAUGGUGCACUAUUAAUGCCCUCAUGUUUUGGCAAUAAGAGAAUUACCGUUUGAGCAAUGAAAAUAUCCUUCCACGUGUUACUCACAAUAUGGGUGUGUCCUUAAUUGUUGAGACAACACAAAUCAAAAAAUAAAAUAACCCUCAAUGCAGUUCCAAAACACAGGGCAUUACUAGAUGGGGCCUCGUGUAUAUUUGUGUACGCAUUCAGACUAUAGUUGAGAAUUGGUUACAUGCAUUGCAUGCUGUUCAUGUGUAAAGUAUAACCAUGCAUGCGUCAGUGGAGUACCCCGUUUUGCCCUUGUGAUGAAUAGGUCACACCACACACUCAACAGGUAACUGCAUGAGGCUAGUUUAUUAUAGAAACCAAGGAACACUAAUUGGUCUUGCAAUGUACAUGUUGAGUUUCUGGACUUGCACAAUACCCCCCCCCCCUUCAGCAUUAAUAACAUUUUUUGCACCCAUCACCUGUGGCCCUCUAGUGCCAAAAAAUGCAUAAAUCUCGACCUUGUGGAAUUAUGUUGACACAGCCAUGCACACUCUUACUGCUGAGUAAAUAUUGCUGUGACAAGUACCUAUCUGGAAAUACUGAUGUAUCUUUUAGCAAAUUGAGCUGGAAUGGAAGUUGAGUGAGCACAGUAAAAUGGCAAAUUACAAAUAUUGCAAAAUGAUGUACAUGUACCUCAACACACCUUUUUGAUAAUAGCUUCACACUUCAUGCACUCUUGUGCAUACACAGGCAGAUUGAGAAGUAAAAAGUGUGCUUGUCCAAUACAUGUUAAUUGCACUGACAACUGAGAUUACAUGUAUAACUAUCAGACUGUUGAUCUAAUUUGAAAUAACUGACCCCUGUCACUUCCACCUUGCCCUGCGGUAAUCAGAAGGGUCGUUGCACUAUGGGCUUCGUGUGCCAACAAAAAGAGGGCACGUUUUUACCACUUUUGUGGACAGGACACACAGCGCGUGCGUACUUUAUUGUGCACGGAGUACGGAGGACUUCCUGAAUGUGCCAAAGCUUUUAGCCACAGCGUCUUCGUGUGAGUGUCGGGUGUCGUCGGUGCAUGAAUAUGUUCAAAUUUAACUUGCGAUGGUCUCCCAGACUAAUCCCCACCCCCAAUAACUUUGGAUCAUUCAAAAUACGCAGUGGCAGGUUGGACAAGGAACCAGUCUAGGUCUCCCCCAACUCUCCUUUUCUGGCCGUUGAAGGGGUACUUGCGCACAGAGCUCGUAUGAGGCCAUCCUCUCCAUGGUGCAUGAGGAAGUGUCAGCUUGCCUUCAUUCAUCUAACUUAACACUCGCAUCCUAUAGCAGUAUCCAGAUCUGUGUGGAAGAGCUGCAUACAAACAAUGGAAUCCCUUCAAACAAGUACAUCAGCUUCAGGCACACUGUAGAAUGCAUGUACACCCAUUCGCACCCCAAACCAAUAGCUGACAGUGAUAAUCCACUGCAGCAGUCUUAGAAGCCGAGUUAGCCGACUCCAUAAACUAAGUUUACUUGGUAGGAAUGUCUUCCUGUCCCUAGUUUCUGAUCUGUCUGGCCAGCACUGUACCCCUGGAUCAGGCAGAUGAGAGAUGGGGCACAGGAAACACAGUUCUAUUCAAGUCAGCUUUGUGUGGUCAGCAGUAAGUUCAUAAUAAUGGUGGUGGGUUUCAUUCCUAGUCAAGUCUGAUUUACCCCAAGAAUACAUAUAUGUAUGUUCUAUUGUAAAAGUUAGAGGGCCCGAGGUUUUAAUCCAAGCAGGAGCUUUGUUUCUGUUUAUAUGCUUGUGUAAUAAAAAAUAUUCCAUUAAUAUAGGCUGGAUGAGUUAAAAGAAACAGUCCAAACAGAUGUUCCUUUUCUUAGAAAACAUUUUAAAGAACCAUGCAGAGUCUAAGCUCUAUUAUGACUUGCAAAUCUCAAGAAAUAAAAACAAAAGAAAAGUGCUUUAUUUGGGCAGUGAUGAUUGCUUUCACACAUGGGAUGAAACGCUUCACACAUCUAACACUGUUGCCAACCAGAAAUCAUGUCAAUGCAUGUACGUGAAUGCUGACACGUUUAUGGGAACUACUUAUUGAAAACUUUUUUGAAAAUUUCUUGUGGCAUUUAUUCCAGCCAUUGAUUGUCGGGGGCUUUUGAAAGCAUCAAAUAAUUUCAAGCAAUAUUCAUGGUCAAAAAUGUUCACAUUAUUGACCUGGUAUCAACAUGGAUGUCCGUUUCUGAUUAUUUUGAAAAAAGGAAAUAUAUUUUCAUCAGUGACUUUUCUUGCUUGAAGUACAGUAGUAGAACGUUUGUUUGGAUUGUGUUUUGUUUUCACCCGUCCUUCAUUUUGGAGGUCUGUUAAUGAGUAACUAAACACGUGCUUCAUUGUUGUUGAGAUAUAUCAAGUAUAAUAUCAAGUAUAAUACUUCCAUGCCAUACCAUCAACGUAGUACAGAAAGUGUAAAUGAAGUAAAUAGUAUCGCUGAUACUGGACUUAAUACAUACGUGUUUGUGUACGAAGUGAGCUUAAACUUGGUUCCUUCAGAUGUUGAUAAAUGUCAAGCAUAGUGUUUGAGAAAGAUUACACAUCACAUCAGUGUUAUCACAAAAUAUGGAUAUUUGGCCAAAAUAUUUAUGGUCACACGGGUGAACUACAAUUUCUUUGAGUUAAUAAAGUCUCCCUCUAUAAUGGUGUACACGCUUUGAUCAAGUUUUAAACACUGGUACUUCUGACUUAAGUUUUAAACACUGGUACUUCUGACUUGGUUAUUACAAUGGUUAUUUAUCUAUGAAAGUGAAAUGUGUAGGUAAUAUGCUGAUGUUUGUUUUCAACGUUAUAUUUAAACUUGCAUAAUUCCAGCUUAUUGCAAAAAAAUUGAUAGCAAUUAGCAGGUCAGCUAAUUCUGGAACGUACUUGCUGCUAGGAUAUAUCUUAUGAUUGGUUCAUACCCACAUAGAUACAUGGAGUUAAUUUGUCAAAGUUCCAUUCAUAUACAUGACUCGUUAUAUAUAUUCCCCAGUGAAUAAUGUCAUAAACUAAUCUCACCCGUAUUACAUGUGACCAUAUCAGUGAAUUGAAUAAAAAGCCCAUUCUCCAGCA